UAGCGUUGAGAGGAGUACUUAAACCACUUUCAAUUCUUACAGAAUUCAGUGUCCUGUUGGCUACAGAGAAGGAGGCAGGACAUACUCACACCCACACACAGAAGAUCCUCAGAGGACAGGUUCCUGAGAUGGAAACAGAAUUCAAGUGACCAGACUAACAGAGAAAAGAAGACGACACCCAAAUAGUCUGCAGAACCUACUUUAUUUACAGAUUUCAGGAGAGGUUGGGGAACCAGGCGUUUGAAAGGAAAAUGACUUUCUUGGUGUUCAUCUUCUUGCUGUCCUUCCUCCAAGUGGAGUCUGCAAAAAUUUCAAGUUCAAGUUCCAUAUUCGGACCCAGACAGGUGACCGGUUUGCUGGGAGGAUCAGUUACUGUGAAAUGCUUCUACCCUCGCACCAACGUGAACCGACAUGACAGAAAAUAUUGGUGCAAGGAAUCAACACGGCAGUGUGCAACCGUAAUUUCGUCCAAUGGCUACAUUGCUCAAGAUUUCGCUGGCAGAGCGACCAUCACCGACUUCCCAGAGCAAGGCAUCUUCAUCAUGGAGCUCUCGAAGCUAGGGCUAAAGGACAUCGGCUUUUAUAAAUGUGGCAUUGGUCUCAAUGAUAGAGGACUCUCCUUCGAAGUCAAGCUGGAUGUUUCCCAGGGUCCAAAAGUGCCCGAAGGAGCUGAACUCUAUUACAAAGAGCUGGGAGGUUCUGUAACCAUGAAUUGCGUAUUUGGCACGCAGUAUGCUAGUGUCAGGAAGUAUCUGUGCAAAAUGGGGAAAACCGGCUGCUCUACGGUCAUCGACACCUACGGGAACGUUAACCCAACCUACAAAGGGCGAGCUUUGCUAAGUCCUCAGGAGACUCCUGGGUCAUUCGUCAUCUACAUGACCCAGCUGAGGAAGGAAGAUUCAGGUUUAUAUUUGUGCGGAGUUGGAGAAUAUGGGGAGACAGGAGAAUCCAAGGAACUGGAUAUGCAUGUUUACCAAGAGACAGCUGUGCCCCAGGGACGACACACAAUCAAUGGAGUUAUCGGAGGUUCAGUAUCUGUCGAAUGCCGCUAUGAUCCACGUCGGAAUUACACACUUAAGUACUUGUGCAAAUGGAGAAAGAAUGGGUGCACUCAAUUAAUAACCAACCUUAUCAUGAUGAUAGAUUCAUACGAAGGAAGGAUAGUCAUGCAUGAUAACCCGAAAAAUGGAACCUUCACUAUAAUAAUGAACCAGCUAGUAGCAGAGGAUGCAGGAUAUUACUGGUGUAUGACAGAUGGAGAUGUAGAAAGGAAAUCUUCAAAGGAGCUGAAGAUUAUUGAUGGACAACCAGGCUUAACAGGACUGAAAGAGGUUAAUGCUGUCAUUGGUACACGGGUCACUUUGUCAUGCUCUUACCCGUGCAAAUAUUAUUCUUACCAGAAAUAUUGGUGCAAGUGGAAUAAUAGGGGCUGCAAACCUCUCGUCUCCUAUGAGCAAAACCAAACCAGCCCGGCUGUCAACUGUGACGAGGAGAAUAAGACACUCUACUUAACUUUUAACCAAGUCACACAGACGAACCAAGGGUGGUAUUGGUGUGGAGUGAGCCAUUCGGGUCACUAUGGAGAAACCAUGGCCGUGUUCCUGAGAGUAAAUGGAGGUACCAUCCCUCGCAAUGCAGACUAUGAAGAACCUGAUAUUUCAAACAGUGGUUCUGGAAAAAGAGCUGACUUCCCAGCUGACAGUUCUUCACCAAGCUCGCAGGAACAUGACAACUCUAAGGUGAUUCUCUCAGUCCUGAUCCCCAUUGCUGUUGUGUGUCUACUCCUUGGUACAGUCUUUGUUGUUGUUAAAUUCAAGCUCCUGAAGCGCACAGAGCUGGUUUCGGUUGGAAGCUACAGAACAAAUAUUAGCAUGUCCGAGUUUGACAAUCCACGAGAGCUGGGAGCGAAGGAGAAUGCGGGCAUAAAUAAUUCUCAGGAGACGCAGAUUGGGGGAGUGGAUGAAUUUGUAACCGUUCCUGCCAAUACUGAGAGUGCAGAAGAACCAAAGGUGGUGAAAAGGGUAAGAACAGCUAGAAUAUAUAACUUAAGGUGCCGCAGCCUGUUUUUCUUUCUCUAGAGCUUCAGCAAAAAA